UUGAUUCCUCUAUCCGAAUCCUUGCUUUCCUAUCCUUUUCAUCCUUAACACCCUUUCCUCACUUCGUUUUCCUUAUACCACACGGCUCAUACCCCUUCAACAGGCGUCAAACCGAAGGAUCUAGAGGAACAAAACAUAGACCAAAUUAUAAAGGAAAUGUCAUCCGAUCACAUUGAGCAUAAAAAAGAUGCUCCUGUGCCUUUAGAGCAUGGUGUCUCAUAUAACACCUCUGUUGAGACCCCCUCUCAAGAGAGUAUUAAUGAGAAGGGCGACGGCUUCUUCCAGCGUCGUCGGACCAACGAGGAGAUGAUCGAUGAGGAGCUAGGUGGUCCCAAGAAAAAUGCUCUUGUUGACCAGGAAGAUAACAAGAAGGUCUUUGGGCUUCAGCAGAAGCGGUUUAGACUGAUCUGGCAUAUCGUUGCUUGGCUGUGCUUCACAGCCUUCCUCAUUGUCGCCAUUGUCUUGAACAAGGGAAGCCCUAUCUCGGUCUUGGCUGUCGCCUAUGCCUUUGUCACCUUGUACUUGAUCUCGGCCCAUUCCCCUGACCGUUUCUUUGCUAGUCCCACUCACAAACUCUGGAAUGCUGGAGCCGACGCUCUGGGCCAUAUGCCCCUCAAAAUUCGUCAGAUUGUUGGCUACGGCAUUAUCCCUAUUGCGCUUAUUUUGACUGCUGUCAUCCCAGAGGAUAACGAGAACGGUACUCGUGUUCAGCGCAUCAUCUCACUCUGCGGCUUGCUCUUCUUUAUGCUCACUCUCUGGGCCACAUCACGCAACCGUAAGCUUAUCCACUGGCCCACAAUCUGCACCGGCAUUGGUGCUCAGUUCAUACUGGGCCUCUUUGUCAUCCGUACCUCUAUUGGACAGACCAUCUUCUCGUAUAUUGGAGGUUUUAUGGCCAGUUUCUUGGGUUUCUCUUCCCACGGUAUCAGCUUCAUUGUGGGUGCGGACUUCAUGAAGGCUUAUGGAUCAACUUUCUUGAUCGGAGUCUUGCCUGCCAUUAUCUUCUUCGGCGCUGUCAUCCAGGUCCUCUACUAUUAUAAUGUUAUUCAAACCGCUAUUGGCGCCAUGGGCCGAAUCAUUGUCUACCUCUUCCAGGUCUCCGGAGUAGAGGUCGUUGCUGCCUGUGCUGCUCCAUUUGUCGGAAUGUCCGAGUCCGCCAUGUUGGUUGGACCCUAUCUCGAGAAUGCGACCAAUGCUGAGAUCCAUCAAGUCAUGGCUUCUGGGUUCGCUACCAUUUCUGGAUCUGUCUACUUGGGUCUCAUUGGCUUUGGUGCUUCGCCCACCCACUUGAUCACGUGCUGUAUCAUGUCCGUUCCUUGUGCUUUUGUCACCUCCAAGAUGCGCUAUCCCGAGGAGGAGGUACCAUUAACCCGUGGCAAAUCCAUUGAAUUGGAGCGUCCUGAUGCUGAAGAUUCAUUUGUCCAUGCUCUAGCCAACGGUUCCAUCUUGGGAAUGCAGCUCUGCAUUGUCAUUGCCGCCGUCUUGAUUGGUUUCCUCUCGCUUUUGGGCUGUGCCAACUAUGUCUUAAACUGGAUCUUCCUCUUCUUGGGUGUGACCGACAUCACAAUUGAGCGUCUGUUAGGAUACUUCUUUUACCCUAUUGCUUGGAUCCUGGGUAUCCCAGCUGCAGAUGUGUACGCAUCUUCUAAAAUGAUGGGCGUCAAGUUUGCAUUGAAUGAGUUUGUAGGCUUUGCAGCUGCCAUGGAAAGCGGCUUCUUCAAGACUGCUUCGCUCCGUGCCCAACUCUUAGCUACGUUUGCCUGCUGCUCCUUCGCAAACCCCUCCUCUUUGGGAUCUCAAAUCUCACUAUUGGGCAAGAUGGCUCCUUCGCGCGCUGGAGACAUUGCUCGUGUUUCUGUUUCAGCUAUUCUUGCUGGUGCUCUGAGCACCAUCAUGUCCGCUUGCAUUGCAGGCGUUGUUCUGUAAAGCUUUUUUUUUUUUUUU